AAAAGCCAGACUGAAAAAGGUUCAGUACUCGCGUAGACACUUCUGUCUCUCUAACAAAUCUCCAACAUUUCCCGAGAGAAAAAGCUCCGAUAUUAUCCGGUGAGGACUUGCCGGAAGUUACAGAGUUUCGAUGAGUUGUCGGGGUGCGUCUCCGGCAAUGUGUAGGCCACGCGCUUUCGAUUCAUUACUAGCUGUAUUUGCUCUCCACACGGUUGCAGUGGCUCUGGUUGCUGCUCAAGGAUCUAGUGGUGCCAGUCGAUGGCAGACACUGAGCGGGAAUGAGCCUUUAGUUAUAGCACGCGGUGGAUUUUCAGGAUUAUUUCCAGAUUCUAGCUCGGCUGCUUACAGUUUGACAAUGCUUACUAGUGUACCCGAUGUAGUCUUGUGGUGUGAUGUACAAUUGACCAAAGAUGGAGUUGGGAUUUGUGCUCCUAAAGUGACCAUAGAAAAUUCUACUGACAUUGACAGAGUUUUCAAAGAUCAAGCAAAGGCUUACCUAGUUAACGGGGUGCCAACACUAGGAUAUUUUUCUGUGGAUUACGCCUUGAAGGACCUCACAAAUGUCUACUUAAUUCAAGGAAUUUACUCGCGAACAAGUAGAUUUGAUGGCAGCGGAUUUCAAAUUCUCACUGUUGAGGAUGUGGCUGGGCAAAUGAAACCCCAGGGCUUUUGGUUGAAUAUUCAGCAUGAUGCAUUCUUCACUCAGCAUAAUUUGAGUAUGAGAAGUUAUGUUCUCUCGGUAUCUAGGAGAGUGGUUGUUAACUAUAUUUCGUCACCAGAAGUGGCUUUCUUGAGGAGUAUUGCAUCACGUUUUAACCCUAGAAUUACAAAGCUGGUGUUCCGGUUUCUAGGGCCAAACGAUGUUGAGCCUUCAACCAACCAGACUUAUGGUUCUCUAUUAAACAAUCUAACAUUUAUCAAGACAUUUGCCUCCGGAAUUCUUAUCCCAAAGUAUUACAUAUGGCCUGUGGAUGCAAGUCUUUACAUCCAACCUUACACCCCUGUUGUCUUGAAUGCUCACAAAGAAGGGCUAGAAGUCUUUGCAUCGGAUUUUACAAAUGACUUACCUUUAAGCUAUAAUUACAGUUACGAUCCAGCAUCUGAGUAUCUAUAUUACAUUGACAAUGGUAAAUUCUCUGUGGAUGGGGUGUUGUCUGAUUUCCCGAUAACUCCUUCAGCAGCUAGAGAUUGUUUUUCUCAUCUAGGCAGGAAUGCUUCUGAACAAGUGAACCUUUUGGUUAUCUCAAAAAAUGGUGCAAGUGGAGACUAUCCUGGCUGUACUGACCUGGCUUACCAGAAGGCUGUUUCAGAUGGCGUUGAUGUUAUUGACUGCCCUGUUCAAAUGUCAAAGGAUGGAAUACCAUUUUGCCUAGCUUCUAUAAAUCUUGGUGAUGCCACAAACGUGUUACAAUCAAAUUUCACCACACUGUCAUCUACAAUUCCAGAGAUUCAGAGUGGUAGUGGAGUAUUUUCCUUUAGCCUAACAUGGAGUCAGAUACAGAGCUUAUCACCGACCAUAUUAAACCCGUAUAGAAAAUUUGAAUUGUUCCGGAAUCCUAAGUUCAGAGCUGCGGGGAACUUUCUCACAUUGUCUGAUUUCUUGGCAUUGGCAAAGAAUUCAAGCUCUCUUUCUGGUGUAUUGAUUAGCAUUGAGCAUGCAGCCUAUCUUAUAGAGAAGCACGAUUUACGGGUGACUGAUGCAGUACUUGACACCUUAAGCAAAAGUGGUUAUGAUAAUGAUACAUCUAUCAAAGUUAUGAUCCAAUCCACCAGCAGCUCUGUUCUAAAGAACUUUACAGAGAAAAGUAAUUAUGAGCUCGUUUACAAGAUUGAUGAAAGUAUUCGUGAUGCCACUGAUGCAACCAUUGAGGACAUCAAGAAGUUUGCUAAUUCUGUGGUUGUCGGCAAAACCUCUGUCUUCCCAGAGAGUGGGUCAUUCAUUACUGGUCAGACAAACACUGUGGAGAGGCUACAGUCAUUUAAACUCCCUGUUUAUGUCGAAACCUUCCAAAACGAGUUCGUAUCUCAAGCUUGGGACUUCUUCUCAGAUGGAACUGUUGAGAUCAAUUCAUUUGUUAUGGGAGCCAGUAUUAAUGGUGUUAUCACUGAAUUUCCUCUGACAUCUGCUAGAUACAGAAGGAACAGGUGUUUGGGCAGCAAAACACUUCCUAAUUACAUGAGUCCUGUUCAACCUGGCAGUCUCAUCCAACUGAUUACAACUCCAUACCUGCCACCAGCUGAGGCUCCCAAUCCAGUGCUUACGGAAGAAGAUGUUCUGGAGCCGCCUUUGCCAUCUUAUGAAGCCCCAUCAUCCAGCCCAGGUGGAGGUGGAGGUGAAACGGUAGCUCCACCAGGGAACCGACAACCCAAAACUACGACAUGCAUGUUCCUUACAAAUUUGGCGUUGCUCCUCUCCACUCUGUUGCUAUUUUUGAAACUGUAGCAUGGUCACACGCUGCUACUCGCAGUCAUUCUGUGUCUUUGAGCUUCUGCUCUAUGACUACCCUCGGCUGAUUCAUUUUUUUUUUUCAUUCUUCCUCUUCUUGUAACAUCAAAAUUCUCACCUUUGCUGUUGUAGGUAAUAUUCAUUCUACCCUGUGUAUUUUGAGAACACCAGAUCUCGAGAGGUAUAUAUAUAUAUUUUGUGGUUUUUCUUGUGUGUAAUACUCAUGACACCGAAUUGAAUGUAUUUUUCUUUGAUAAUCGGUCGAUGACUUGU